UUUUAGAAUUUUAAAAUUCCACCAAAAAAUCAAUAAUACAUAAAAGAAAGCAAAGAUGAGCACUAUAUUACAGAAAAUUGCAGAGAUUGAGUCUGAGAUGGCGAGAACUCAAAAAAACAAAGCUACUAGCCAUCAUUUGGGUACAUUGAAAGCAAAACUUGCAAAAUUAAGACGAGAAUUGAUUGAACCGAAAGGUGGAGGUGGAGGCAAGGCUGGAGAAGGUUUUGAUGUUGCGAAGACUGGUGAUUCAAGAAUAGGUUUCGUAGGAUUUCCUUCUGUGGGGAAGUCAACACUGUUGUCAAAUUUAGCCGGAGUGUACUCUGAAGUUGCUGCCUAUGAAUUUACAACUUUGACCACUGUUCCAGGUGUUAUACGAUACAAGGGUGCUAAAAUACAGUUGUUGGAUUUACCAGGAAUUAUUGAAGGAGCUAAAGACGGAAAGGGAAGAGGAAAACAAGUUAUAGCAGUUGCACGCACAUGCAAUCUCAUUCUAAUUGUAUUGGAUGUGUUAAAGCCGCUUCAUCAUAAAAAGAUAUUAGAGAAGGAAUUGGAAGGCUUUGGUAUAAGAUUAAAUAAGAAUCCACCAAACAUUACUGUACGCAGGAAGGAGAAGGGUGGAAUCAAUUUAACAACUACAUGUGCACAAUCUAUCCUUGAUGCUGACUUCGUCAAAUCCAUCUUGUCUGAAUUUCGAAUAUGUAACGCUGAUGUCACGCUACGUGAAGACGCCACAGAAGAUGAUCUCAUUGAUGCUAUCGAAGGAAACAGGAUAUACGUACCCUGCAUAUUUGUGUUGAAUAAAAUCGAUCAAAUCUCUAUACAGGAAUUAGAUAUUAUUUACAAAAUUCCACACUGUGUGCCAAUCUCUGCGCAUCAUAAGUGGAAUUUCGAUGAUCUGUUAGAGAAAAUUUGGUCGUACUUAGCGCUAGUUCGAAUCUACACGAAACCAAAAGGACAACUUCCUGAUUACACAGCGCCCGUCGUGUUGCAGCAAGGAAAAACCACCAUCGAACACUUCUGUGAAAAUAUACACAAGUCGAUAGCCAAACAAUUGAAAUAUGCGCUAGUAUGGGGAGCAUCGGUAAAACAUCAACCGCAAAAAGUGGGAAAAGAACAUGAACUAAUAGACGAAGAUGUUGUACAAAUUGUCAAAAAGGUGUAACGAAAAAGAUGAAUCAAUACAUUAUUACACAAAUUUGAUAUAUAUCCGAAAUAAAAUUAAUCGAAAGA